AUGCGACACAAUGCGGUUGAACGGUUCUCCUUGGAACUUGCAGAACACACCAUUGAAAUGGCUUUAGUGGAAGUGUUGUGCAUCAAACAACAGUAUAUUUUGUAUCGAUUUUACCAUGUUUUUAAAAAAGAUGAACUGAAAUCUCUGAUAACAACGAUACCAUCGUUACGGCUGGUACAUCUCGACUAUGAACAUGCAAAUUGGUGGGCAAUUGCCGAAAAAGCUGAUUCAUUCUCGUGA